GCAAAAGCAUUGCUAAAACAUGGCUGACACUACAAGAACGAGAAAGGGGAACAGAAGCAAAGUCUCCCGGACUUCAUUUCAGUCAUGGGUGGCUUCUCCAGUGUGGUUGGAAGCGUUGUCAAAAGCCAAAGCCCGCAUUCCGUCGAGGGCAAGCCUGGUGUGCAUGUUGAGCUUGAGCUGACGCUCUCAGUUUACGUCGACAACCGCAAUCCAGACGAUGUUCUGCGCCUUUGGGGUGAAGUUGGCAAAGUUCUGGACAGCUUUACAGUCGAACAGAGAAAGUUGAUAUGCGAGAAAGCCACAAAAGAGCUUGUCACUGGUAUGAAGAAGGUAUCGCAAGGGCCGCAUACUUACCUUGUCAUGGCACCAGCCCAGACUAUGAUGUCGACGGACAAGGAAAGUUAUGGUGGUUUUGGGAAGACAGUAGGGUCGUCCAUGAAACGUGACGAGUCCGAUUCUGACCGGAGUGUCAUAAUAGACUCCUCUGGUCAGUCUUCUCAAGUCGCCUGCGUUCCCGCUCGGCUGGUCUGGGCCUUUGCCGAGCUUGCGGAGAGAUUAGUACAUUUUCAUUCGAACCGACCACUCUAUGACUACGUUCUGAGUGGAUAG